UAAAAAAAGUACGAUUGAAUCCGAAAGGCGACGGUACCGUGUGUCUUGCCGUAAGAGAAUAGGAAGGGUCACAACAAGAAAAGCGAACUGAACCACCAAAGAGAACUUUUAAUACAAAAGAUAAUAAAAAGAAUAGCGAUGUUUGCACGACUUCUUCUGAUUGUCGGGAUUCCGAUCCUAUCGAUCACUAUUGGAGUAACCCAGAGAGAAAGCAUCAACGUGUUUCUCAUGGGCUUCUUCCGUGACCUGGGCCGGAUCAAGGCGAACCAGCGACGGCACAAGCAAACUUCGAACGCAAUGGUUGACCCGGACCAGGCCAAGUACACAUCGUGGGAUAUACUGCUCGGUCGCGACGAUCCGCUCGAGGGCAUCGAUUUUUCUGGGAACGCGGGAAGCCACGACUCACCGGCCGACAGCGACAGCGACAACGGCUCUGCGUCCGAUACGACGUUCACGCUGAAAGAGCUCGAGGAGUUCGGAAACGGCCGAAACGGGAACCCGAUCUAUUUGUCCGUCUUUGGAAGGGUAUAUGACGUGUCGAAAGGCACAAAAUUCUACGGCCCGGAUGCGAACUACAACAUGUUUGCCGGCAAAGACGUAACGCGUGCAUUGUGCUUGGGUCGCAAAGAAGCGGAAUUUCUCGUCCGGUCCACGGAAGGUUUGGACGAGAAGCAGAUCGAGGAGGGAAAACGAUGGCUGUCUUUUUUUGAACUUCACGAUACAUAUCGGUUCGUUGGGUCGCUGGAAACAUUAGAUUCCGAAGCCUGGUUGGAUGCCUUGUUGGACGAGGACGAGGACGAAGACGACGAUGAUGACGACGAUUACGACGACGAGAGGGAUGGCGAGGAGGAUGACGAUAGCAUCGAGGGGGACCGCAAGGGAGAAGAUGACGACGACGACGACGACGACGACGGUUUUCAACAGAGAAUAAAGGCGUGAAAUAAAUGUUACGAGAUUCAUAGCAAGUGAAAUUGUUUUUACAUGACUGUGCUUUCCGUGGAACAAAACGGGGUUUUCAAUCUAUAUGGAAUACGUAGUAUGAAAAAGAUUUUUUGUGAUAUGAAUGACCUACGGCUUUAGGUGACUUUUCAGUAACAAUUUGUGAAUUAGUCGUAAUAUUAUUAUUCAGAGUGCUUGCGCGAACGAUGAUUGAGUACGAAUGAUGCUUUGCAUCGAUCAAACAAAGAGUGUAUAUAGCA